CGGCCGCCCCCGGCCGCGAUGCCCGCCCCCCGGGGCCCCGGCGGCCCGCGCCCUUGCUAGGCUGCGGCGGCAUGGCCCGCGCGCCCGGCGCGACCUCUGCGGAUUGCAUCGGUGUGCGGCGGCGGGGCAUGCCCAGGGCACCGGGCACGGCCUUCAAUGGGCGAGGACACGGACACGCGGAAAAUUAACCACAGCUUCCUGCGGGACCACAGCUAUGUGACUGAAGCCGAUAUCAUCUCUACGGUCGAGUUCAACCACACGGGAGAGCUGCUGGCCACCGGCGACAAGGGUGGCCGGGUCGUCAUCUUCCAGCGGGAGCCGGAGAGCAAGAGCGCGCCCCGCAGCCAGGGCGAGUACGACGUGUACAGCACCUUCCAGAGCCACGAGCCCGAGUUCGACUAUCUCAAGAGCCUGGAGAUAGAGGAGAAGAUCAACAAGAUCAAAUGGCUCCCCCAGCAGAACGCCGCCCACUCCCUGCUGUCCACCAACGACAAAACCAUCAAGCUGUGGAAGAUCACCGAGCGAGAUAAAAGGCCCGAGGGCUACAACCUGAAAGACGAAGAGGGGAAACUGAAGGACCUGUCCACGGUGACGUCCCUGCAGGUGCCCGUGCUGAAGCCCAUGGACCUGAUGGUGGAGGUGAGCCCGCGGAGGGUCUUCGCCAACGGCCACACCUACCACAUCAACUCCAUCUCCGUCAACAGCGACUGCGAGACGUACAUGUCGGCGGACGACCUGCGCAUCAACCUCUGGCACCUGGCCAUCACCGACCGGAGCUUCAACAUCGUGGACAUCAAGCCGGCCAACAUGGAGGACCUGACGGAGGUCAUCACCGCGUCCGAGUUCCACCCGCACCACUGCAACCUCUUCGUCUACAGCAGCAGCAAGGGCUCGCUGCGCCUGUGCGACAUGCGGGCCGCCGCCCUGUGCGACAAGCACUCCAAGCUCUUUGAGGAGCCCGAGGACCCCAGCAACCGCUCCUUCUUCUCGGAAAUCAUCUCCUCCGUGUCCGACGUGAAGUUCAGCCACAGCGGCCGGUACAUGCUCACCCGGGACUAUCUCACGGUCAAGGUCUGGGACCUGAACAUGGAGGCGAGGCCCAUCGAGACCUACCAGGUGCACGAGUACCUGCGGAGCAAGCUGUGCUCUCUGUACGAGAACGACUGCAUCUUCGACAAGUUCGAGUGCGCCUGGAACGGGAGCGACAGCGUCAUCAUGACCGGCGCCUACAACAACUUCUUCCGCAUGUUCGACCGCAACACCAAGCGGGACGUGACCCUGGAGGCCUCGAGGGAGAGCAGCAAGCCGCGGGCGGUGCUCAAGCCGCGGCGCGUGUGCGUGGGCGGCAAGCGCCGGCGCGACGACAUCAGCGUGGACAGCCUGGACUUCACCAAGAAGAUCCUGCACACGGCCUGGCACCCGGCCGAGAACAUCAUCGCCAUCGCGGCCACCAACAACCUGUACAUCUUCCAGGACAAGGUCAACUCCGAGAUGCACUAGGCGGGCGCGGAGCCCCGCCCCGGGAGCCCGCCCGUGGUGGCUGUCCCCGACACGACGGUGGAACAGCCACUGGAGGAAAGGACGUGGCCCCUGGGCCCAGCCCCUCCCCGGGGCUUCCCUGGGCCAGGCGCCUUUGCUGGGACCUGUGUCACGUGAGGGACGCAAAGCCGUCCCAGCUGCAGGUUGAAACGCGGGGACGUGAGAGUCGGCCUCCAAGUUCAGGGUUCUUUCAUUCCUGCACUUGACCUGCCUGCGGUCUUUACCACAUCGUUAGGGUUUUUACAUCUCCAGGUUACUUUUUCACUUCAGCGGUUUCUUUUAAGCCCAGUGGGAGCCAAUGGGAGCUGUUACUCUCGUGCCUCGGUGGCCCCAGAUCGGGGGCCUCUGGGGGCAGCGAAUGAAGCUCAGACGAGCCAGCCAGGGGUCCUCUGAUCGUCAAAGGGGUGGUCUCCACUGUCUCAGAGCUGAGGGUCUCACCUUUGCAUUUUGGAUUGUGAGUUCAUGCUGAGACUUGGGGGCUGCAAGCCCGUCUUUUGGGUUCUUUCAGUGUCUUUCAGUAUCCCCCGGUCUGCUAGGUUUCUGAGUAGGAAGGGGCGGGGCUGGCAUUUCCCAUGUGCACCUGUAACUCUCAGCCCAUUUAACCCAACUUUGCUGCGGCGUUGGCCGUGGGCCGGGUCCCCCGGUCCCCCUGUCCCCCUGUGCACCCUCGUUCCUCACCCGUCACUGGACACUUCGUGGGAACUCACCUGGCUCUGUCCUUGACCUUCUGGAACCUUCCUCACACACACCAACUACUCACUGCUCUGUCCAUGUCAGGUGCGGGGGGCGAAAACGGAGACAGGAGGAGAUGGAGGCCCUGCAGGGACUGACGGGUGGCCCAUGGCACGUGCCAACCACGAGGUGGCAUCCAGAGCCCACCCGGGCCCUCCCACGGGCACUUUCCUACCCAUGUCGGCGGCUCACAGUGAGCCCACAGUCUCACCUGGAAGGCGACCUUCAGUGUGAAGAGGGACAGAGCAGGGGGGACAGUGAUGGGGGACAGUGACAGGUCCCGGGGGGCACUGAGGCGCAGGAGGGGGAAUGGAGAAGACCCUGGAGGUUCCUCGCCCUUCUCGGUGGUGCCAGAAGUCCGGCUGGC